GGCACUGGAUCUGGUCCAAUGCUGUAAGCUUUCUCCAAGUCUGCAUUCCAAAAGCUCGGACAGGGAGAUGAAAAUCGAGACAGGAGGGGUUAACUCAGCCUCUGGAUCUCUCACAGCCCGCGCUCCCUCCUUUCCACCCAGAGAGUGGCGCUUUGGGAUGCUAGGGAUGUGCCUCCGUGUACUUCUAAGGUGGGAGGGGGCUACAAGCAGAGGAGAAUUUCAGACGUUCAGACGUUGCUUUCUGCCUGCCGCUCUUCUCUGGUUCCACUAGGGCUGGUCUGUGUAAGAAACUGACGGAGCCUAGGGCAGCUGUGAGAGGAAAAGGCUGGGGCGCGUGGAACCCGAAAAGUCUGGGUGCUCUCAGUUACAGCCUAUCGAGUCCGCAGCAGGCCUUCAGCACCAUGGACAGCAGCGCCGGCCCCGGGAACACCAGCGACUGCUCUGACCCCUUAGCUCAGGCAAGUUGCUCCCCAGCACCGGGCUCCUGGCUCAACUUGUCCCAUGUAGAUGGCAACCAGUCCGACCCAUGCGGUCUGAACCGCACCGGGCUUGGCGGGAGCGACAGCCUGUGCUCUCAGACCGGCAGCCCUUCCAUGGUCACAGCCAUCACCAUCAUGGCCCUCUACUCUAUCGUGUGUGUUGUGGGCCUCUUCGGAAACUUCCUGGUCAUGUAUGUGAUUGUAAGAUAUACCAAAAUGAAGACUGCCACCAACAUCUACAUUUUCAACCUUGCUCUGGCAGAUGCCUUGGCAACCAGUACACUGCCCUUUCAGAGUGUCAACUACCUGAUGGGAACGUGGCCCUUCGGAACCAUCCUCUGCAAGAUCGUGAUCUCGAUAGAUUACUACAACAUGUUCACUAGCAUUUUCACCCUCUGCACCAUGAGCGUGGACCGCUACAUCGCUGUCUGCCACCCAGUCAAGGCCCUGGAUUUCCGUACCCCUCGAAAUGCCAAAAUCGUCAAUGUCUGCAACUGGAUCCUCUCUUCUGCCAUCGGUCUGCCUGUGAUGUUCAUGGCAACCACAAAAUACAGGCAGGGGUCCAUAGAUUGCACCCUCACGUUCUCCCAUCCCACCUGGUACUGGGAGAACCUGCUCAAAAUCUGUGUCUUCAUCUUCGCCUUCAUCAUGCCGGUUCUCAUCAUCACUGUGUGUUACGGACUGAUGAUCUUACGACUCAAGAGCGUCCGCAUGCUGUCGGGCUCCAAAGAAAAGGACAGGAACCUGCGCAGGAUCACCCGGAUGGUGCUGGUGGUUGUGGCUGUGUUUAUCGUCUGCUGGACCCCCAUCCACAUCUACGUCAUCAUCAAAGCACUGAUCACGAUUCCAGAAACCACUUUUCAGACUGUUUCCUGGCACUUCUGCAUUGCUUUGGGUUACACAAACAGCUGCCUGAACCCAGUUCUUUACGCAUUCCUGGAUGAAAACUUCAAACGAUGCUUCAGAGAGUUCUGCAUCCCAACUUCUUCCACGAUUGAACAGCAAAACUCCACUCGAAUCCGUCAAAACACUAGGGAACACCCCUCCACGGCAAAUACAGUGGAUCGAACUAACCACCAGCUAGAAAAUCUGGAAGCAGAAACGGCUCCAUUGCCCUAACUGGGUACCACGCCAUCCAGACCCUCGCUAAGCUUAGAGGCUGCCAUCUACUUGGAACCAGGUUGCUGUCAGGGUGUGUGGGAGGCUCUGGUUUCCUGGGAAACCAUUUGACCCUGCAUCAUUCAAAGUCAUU